AGGCCUCUCCCGGUCCUCCGGAGUCCCGGCGGAGGAGGGAAUAAGGGCGAUGCGCGGGGCGGGGUUUUGUGAGAAAGAUGGCUGCGGUCAGGGCUCCGUCUCUAACGGCCUCUGUGCUGAAAGCGGUCAUUCCCGGGCGGAGGGGAAGGAUCCUCCAGGCCUAUGCGGAACUUCAGGCGCGUCGGGAAGAGUCGUCCUCCGGCCCAGAGGCUGGCGAAGGACAGAUCCGCCUCACGGAAAGCUGCGUCCAGAGGCUUCUGGAAAUCACCGAAGAGUCAGAAUUCCUCAGGCUGCAGGUGGAGGGAGGUGGAUGCUCCGGAUUCCAAUACAAAUUUUCACUGGAUACAGUUAUCAACCCCGACGACAGGGUAUUUGAACAGGGUGGCGCAAGAGUGGUGGUUGACUCUGAUAGCCUGGCCUUCGUGAAAGGCGCCCAGGUGGACUUCAGCCGAGAACUGAUCCGAAGCUCAUUUCAAGUGUUGAACAAUCCUCAAGCACAGCAAGGAUGUUCCUGUGGGUCAUCCUUUUCUAUCAAACUUUGACAAGAUGACAGGUGACCCUGAGGUUGCCACCAGCUGUACUAAUCUGAGAAACCUGGGGUUACAGAAUUCUAGAGGUUUCUUUCUAAUCAUAUCCUUCUCUCAAUUUUAUUUUUCUUAAUCCAGGAGUGUGUGUUUUGCCGCUAUUAUUUCCCAAAUGUGAAGCUUUCUCACUUAGACAAAAUAGCCUCCCUCCACCUGCCCUCUAUGUGAUGCUAAGGCCAACUUUCCAAAUGCUGUUACCUCAGAUUUAAUCACUGGUUGAAACCCAGCCCCAAAGCUCCAAAAUUUGGAGUGACUACUUUGGCCUUUAGGACUGCUUGUACAUAUGUGUAUAGCUAUGUAUAAAAACCUCAUUUUAAAGGAAGUCCUUAUUGUGUUUGAAUCAGGAUUACAUUAGGCAGUUUGAACAUCAGUUACUAAGACAGAACAGAUGAGAAAGGCAAAUGAAAUGUCUUUUUCAUUUCACACAUCUAGAAUGUGCUACUGACUUAUUUUUAUUUUCUAAUGUAGCCCAUUUGCCAUUUCCAGUGCGACAGGCAGAUACAUUUUAUUAUCAUACUUGUCAGUCUGCUAGGAUUCAUAAAACCAAGAGCCUAUCCACCAGAAGACUUGGAUCAAACCCUUGCAGAUACCUGAAAUACUUGAAAAACAGCCUUUCUGUACUCAUGUAGACAUUUGAAGGGUCUAUGACCCUUUAGUAACAGUCUUCUCAGGAUAUGUUGCUUCACCUGCCUUAUGGUGGAAAAUGUCUUUGGUCUCAUUCAGAGCAGGAAGUAGUUUCUUUUUUAAUGUAGAUAAUAGAUAAUGGCUUUUUUUGGUUACCAGAUGAAAUGCAGGAUGCCCAGUUAUACUUGAAUUUCAGGUAAACAGUAGCUUUUUUAGUAUAAGUGUGUUGUUUAGUCUUUUUUGGGUAUGUUUUACUGGGGAUUGAACUUGGGACCUUGCACUUGCAAGAUAGGUGGUGAAACCACUGAGCUAAAUCCCUGGCCCUUAUUUAAUCUUUCUAAAUAAGUAUGUCUCAUACUUAUGUGUCUCAUCACAACAAUACUAAAGUGGAGGAAAUUACAACCUGGAUUGAUUCUGGAAGAGUUAUUUCUUAAACCAUCUUUUUCUUGGGAGCCUAAAAGUUUGUUACAGCAAAAUUUGCUGACCUGGGUAGGAAUUAAGGUUAUUUAAUAAGAAAACUUGCCAUUAAAAAAAAAAGGAAAUGUGAGAAAACCUCAUACUGC